AUGGACGUCAGGGCGCCACGGCCUCCGGCUUCUAACAACCAGUCUCUUUCGGAUCGCAAGGGGGGUCCGGGCUCGUAUUGUGGCAUGGGCGGCUGGGGAUCCAUAUUGGGAACCACCACGGGGGGCUUCCUUGUUGAAUGCUGCGUUUACGCCCAGUCGUCAGUCCCAUCUCUCCCGCCGGACAAGGAUCCUGCCAUCAGGCAAACGGGCGCCAACAACUCACCAUUGUCCGUGGUCUGCUGGCCGACUACCGUCGCCCUCUCGGCCCUGGCCGCCGCCGUUGGCGUCCAGGCCUGGACCUACCCCGACUGCGAGCAUGACGGCUGCUACCGCAACCUCAUUGACAAGCGGUACGCCGGCGAGGCGCCGGCUUUCUGCAUCGGCUGGAUCGGGGGCAUCACCACGGACGCGGCGGCGAUCCCGACUCAGUACCGCGGCUGCCCCGGCGUGUCGGCGCUGUCGUCGGCGUGCUCGUGCGUUGCUUACACGGCUACGCAUACCACGACUACUAGCCUCUCGACGAGCACUCCCCCUCCGGUGACGACCACCACGACUCCUCCGGUGACGACGAGCACGCCUCCUCCUGUUACUACCACCAGCACUACUACGACGACUGCCGUCACCACCUCGUCCCAGUCUCAUGUCACCAGCAGCAGCAGCACCAGCACCAGCACGGCUCCUCCUACCACCAGCUCCUCCGUCGUGACCACCAGCUCGGUUCCUCCUACCACCAGCUCCUCCGUCGUGACCACCAGCUCGGUUCCUCCUACCACCAGCUCCUCCGUCGUGACCACCAGCUCGGUCCCUCCCACCACCAGCUCGGUCCCUCCCACCACCAGCACACCCGUCACCACCAAGACGGAGACGUCGACCUCUACCAUUCCCACCACUUCCUCCGGCGUUAGCACCUCGACUCCCCCGGGCACCACCACCUCGUCCGAGUCUCACGUCACGACCAGCACCAGCACGGCCGUCACCACGCAGCCGCCUACCACCAGAUGGACCACGUCUACCUUUUACACCACGUCCACGCACACCAUCACGCACUGCCCGCCCGAGGUCACCAGCUGCCCGGCAUCGUCGACCGUGACUGUGACAAGCACCAUCCCCGUGUCGACCACCGUCUGCCCCAUUACCAGCACCGAGGAGCCCACUACGACCAAGACGGCCGUUACCACGCCGCCGCCUGCCUCGACCACCCAGUGGACCACGUCGACCAUCUUCACUACCACGACCCAGACGAUUACCAAGUGCGCGCCCGAGGUCCCCAGCUGCCCGGCGUCGUCGACCGUGACUGUGACGAGCACCAUUUCCGUCUCCACCACCAUCUGCCCCGUGACUAGCACCCAGGCGCCUCCUCCUCCUGGCUCGUCGACUCAGGUUCCUCCUCCUCCUGGCUCGUCGACUCAGGUUCCUCCUCCUCCUGGCUCGUCGACCCAGGCUCCUCCUCCUCCUGGUACUUCCAGCCAGGCUCCUCCUCCUCCCGGCUCCUCCAGCCAGGCUCCUCCUCCCCCCGCCUCUUCUGGCUGCCCUCCCGGCCAGACUCCCGGCCCCAACGGCAGCUGCGUCACCCCGCCCAAGUCUUCGACUCAGGCUCCUCCUCCCCCGGGCACCUCUACCCAGGCUCCUCCUCCUCCCGGCUCCUCCAGCCAGGCUCCUCCUCCUCCUCCCGCUUCUUCCGGGUGCCCUCCCGGCCAGACUCCCGGUCCUAACGGCGGCUGCGUUGCGCCCCCUCCUCCCACCACGCAGCCUCCCGCCGUCACCACCACCACGCGUCCUCCCACGGUCCCUACCCACACCGCGCCUCCCGUGGUCACUGCCGCCGCUGGCCGCUUUGGCAUCGAGGCUGCUGUUGUCGCCGUUGGUGUUGCCGCUGCUCUGUUCUAA